CUGAAAUUCCCAUUGUGGUAUUUUCAUUUCCGCCUUUCCGCGGAACCACUGCGCCCCCUGUCAGUUGUGUGUAUGCAUGUGGCGCAGUGUUUAGCAAAAGCAAUCGUUUUCGCCAGUUGUGUGAGCUAAAUCUGAAUAUUAGAGGGUUCCCGAGGUUAACAUGGACAGAGGCGAAGGAGGUAGAAGAAGUAAAGGAAAGCGAGGACGUCGUGAAGAGGACAGAUACGUCCGGCUCUCUAAGUCGUUGUCCUAUGUCCUCCGCCAUGGAGCCAGCCAGAUGGGUCUCCACUUAAGUACAGAUGGCUUCCUUUAUGUGGACGACCUCCUUGCUCAUCCACAGUUCCACUCCUACUCACUGGAGGAUGUCCAGAGAGUCGUGGACACAAAUGACAAGCAGCGCUUCAAGCUUAGGCCCCACACACAGGAUGGCCGCUUGCAAAUCAGAGCCAACCAGGGCCACACGGUGCAGGUGAAGGAUUUAGAGCUGAAGCCGGUGCAGGCAGGGUCACCAGACUGUCCAGCUGAGGCUGUCCAUGGCUCCUACAUGCGGCACUGGACCUCCAUUCAGCAGCAGGGUCUCGGUCGCAUGAGGAGAACACAUAUCCACCUGGCUCCAGGGCUGCCUGGAGAGGACGGUGUCAUCAGUGGUGAGCUGGUGUGUUUGGUGAAACAUUUCCUUUCUCCAGUUGGAACGUCUUUCUGUUUCCCACCAGGAAUGAGGAGAGAUUGCAACUUAGCUGUGUUCAUCGAUGUUCCAAAGGCCCUGAAUGAUGGCAUUGAGUUUUUCUGGUCAGAGAACCAAGUGUUGUUGACCCCUGGAGACUCGGAUGGAAUGCUUCUUCCCAAAUACUUCAGCCGAGCUCUGCAGCUGAGACCUACACGAACAAUUCUGCCUCUUCAGUCAUAGCAGGAGAUGCAAAAUAAAGUACAACUUCAUCACCAAAAGACAUGCUGAGGCUUGUGUGUUAUUUUCUGACAUACAAUCCAAGCCUGUAUGUUAUGUGUGUGCGCGUACGUGUAUAUAUAUAUAUAUAUACAUAUGUGUGUGUGUGUGUAUAUAUAUAUGUGUAUGUUUGAUAUAAAUAUCAAAGAUAUUUUUAAAUGAUAUAUAAUGUAAUACUUAUUUUAAAGAGCUUUAAUUAAGGAGAUUAGUCAGUGUAAAGUUGAUUUGAGCAAGAUGAUGAAGAAAGCAAAAAGUAAUGUCCUUAUUAAUGUGAAGGUGUCAAAUAUUUGGCUUUUCACUGUGUUGCUGCUGUAAACUGAGAGCUAAACUUGGAAGUUAUCAAUGAAGUGCAACAUUACAAAACAACUAUUUUCGCAAUAAGUUUCUCAUUUAUUUGAAUCAACACUGUAACAGACGAGUGACUUAAAUCGUGUUCAUGUGUGCUCUUACUGGGACAAAGACAAGACAUGGCUGAUGUGACAUUCUUAAAAAACACUGAAGCAUUCAAGCAAAACGCUUAAGAUGUCUGACAGUUUUAUCCACACUGACACCAGCUUGUCUGUUUGUUUCGCCAAUUUGUAGCUAAAAGCUGUUUUGAAUAAAGUUGGUUUGAGU